AAACUAUGGUUUUAAUAUAGCUGAAGAUUGGCAAAAUAUUAAAGAUAGCUAAUUUUUAUUGUGUACCUCUAGGUAUUAUGUUGAUGGGCCACUAAUGCUUGGAUGGGUAAUAAAGACAUACAUAAUCACAUAAUCCAUAAAUUGUUAUUUCUUCUGUAAAUGUUUUUCUUGUCUUCAUUUCAGAAGAAUGACUAAUGAAGAUUUUCACGCAAUUGCAUUCUUUUGACAGUAGUACCAAAUUAGACAAACUUUCCUGAGUCAGUAUACUUUCAGAUAGUUUUUAGUUAUUUCAAUCGGGAGAAAUUUGACUCUGCUGAGAGUGGUAACGAAUUAUGAAUAAAUUCUUAAAGCUUUAUAUGUAGAACUGAACCAUGACUGUUGAUAGCAUGUUUAAACCCUGUAGAAAGGGUGCAUAUGAAAAAUUAUCAUGAUUGCAGAAAACAUUACACAAUAUUUUAAUUAUAUAAAAUAAUGUUAUUAUUUCACCAUUAUCAUCGUUUCUUACAUUUAGAUCCAUAUAGGAUUUCUUACGUUUUUCUUUUACGUUGCUGGGGUAUUAUCAAGAAAACUGAAAACUGCGGUAGGUUCCUCACUUUGUUUGAAUCUCUCUCUUCAGGACAAUCUACACCCUGAUCUACCAUUGCUCUUUGAAUGCUGCCUAUUAUUUUACUUAACUCUUUUAAUGCAUCUCAUGUGUUAACCUGUCUAAAAUAAGUCAAACUGCUUUAACAGCACUCAUGGGGUUACCAACAUUGUAUCUGAGGGUAGUCACAGGUCAAAUUCAAAAUGCUUCAAGAUGUUCCAUCUUUAGACAUCUCCAGAAACAAAAACAAGAACAACCCAGUACGUCAUCUUUGAAAUGAUCCAACGAAUCGAAUGCCGUUGCUCUAAGCACAGUGGAGGUCAUCGAAAUCCAGCUGCUUGCUAAUUGCUUGCUAAUUUCUGGGGCCCCUCUUGCCCAGGUCUAAGAGUGGUUCUGGUUUCCAUUAGUGCUAAAAUGCCUUCUAUAUCCUUACUUCUCAAUUAGCCGAAGGAGCAAGUCCCAGACCCCCAGCCUGCUGCAACUUGGCAACAUUCCUACAAAUGUGGCUUGACAAACCAAGAAUAAAUUCUGGUCUCUCAGGAACAGAGACGAAACAUCCCUCGGCCUAGGGAAAGGUCACAGAGGGCCCCGUAACGCAACAGCAUGUGAAACGAUGCGGGCUGGUGGCACAAGCAGACCUUCUCCCGCGUGGAGCAAAACCCUCAAAUCUUUGGGGGAAGGAGGGCGGCCACCCUGUCGUCCCCAAAGCACAGGUGAAGGCCCGCUGCGGCUGGGGCGAGGGACUCCAGCUGGGAGGAUUGGGGCUCACAGGCAAAGCCAGGCCGGCUUCAGAGUCCGGGCCCCUGACCCCAGGGAAAGGUGCCUCUCACACACCGGAGGCUCCAGGAGUGGGGCGGGCAUUUCGGGUCUAGGGCACGGCGUGUCAGAGGCCACGGGCGGGAACAGAGGGAAGUAGGUGUGGCUGGUGCCUGGGGGCGAGGGGCAGCGGAGAGGCCCGGGAGGCUAAAGGAGAACGCGGCGCAGACCCGAGGGGCGCCGCAGGCGACGUGGGCUUUGGAGGAGCAAAGACAGGUCCUGAGACCUGGUUGGGCCGACACACCCCCUCCUGCGUGCGGGGGCAGAUGUCCCGGUGGGGCAGAGUGGCAGCCUAGUCCGCGGCACGGGAGAGCGGGUGGGAGACUGGAGGCGCCCUCGCGCCCCUCAGCUAUCCGGGAGCCUCGCGCCGGCGACCUCCACCCUGUCGAACCCGGUGGAACACUCAGAAAGAAGCUGAGCGCCUCGCAGCGGCGAGGACAGCAGGCCAGGCCCGCGCACGGCCAGACGCGACGCCCCUCAGCACGGAGCCCAGCCUCGCGGACUGCCCCGAAGCUCAGAACCAGAACCCUCGAAGGGGACUGCGGCGACCGGAAAGGCAAGGCGGAGGCGGAAAUCCACCGCGAGGUCCCGCCCCCCGCUCCGCGCCUGCGUCUGCGACUACACCGGGGUUGGCCGGGCCGCCGUGGGGCGGGGCCGCCCAGGCGCCUUGGACGCGGAGCGGUGCGACGCGGGCGGCGAUGGCGUCCCGUGCAGAGUGCCGUCCUCUGGGAGUGUUUGAGUGUGAACUCUGUACCUUGACAGCUCCGUACAUCUAUGUGGGACAGAAGCCCCCCAACACCCAGUCGAUGGUCCUCCUGGAGGAAAGCUAUGUCAUGAAGGAUCCCUUCACCUCCGACAAGGACAGAUUCCUGGUCCUCGGCUCGCGCUGCAGUUUGUGCAGCAGGCUGGUGUGUGUGGGCCCGGAAUGCAGUUUAUUCUACUCCAAGAGAUUCUGCCUCCCUUGUGUCCGGGAGAACAUCAGUGCUUUUCCUCAGGAAAUUCGGCAAGACUUGGAGAAAAGGAAAGCUCCGUCAAAGAGGACCCCCAGCCAGCCCGGUUCUCGGACGUGAGUGCAACUAGGGCUAGGUCAUCGGGCAGCACCCUGCACACAGCUCCUGGGCCAGCCUGCGCCAGGGAUGCUUCUGAGCUGGGAGCCACCAUGCCUGGCCUUGUUUCUGGACCACUGGGAGCAGCACUGCAGCCCAGGGGAGCUGGAGUCCAGCUUGGAGCAGCCACAGGCCCAGGGAGCUGUAGCAAGAAGGUAGCCCAAAGGCAGAUGCCAGACAAGACACAGCCAGGAACCCGGCCAGGUGCCCCCACAUGCCCCUCAGGGCCCAGGCCUGAGUGAGUGCUGCUCAGAUGUGACUGAGAGGGAUGACCUCCUUCAGCGGGGCAGCUCCUAAGAGGCUGUGUGCAGGUGCGUGUGGGGGGAGAUGCCACACUGUGUUGGGGCCAUGGUACACUGUAGGUGGCUGCAAUGGUCUCUCUGUAAGGAAAAUCACUGACAGCAGCUGCCUUCUGGAGCCAGACUGGAAGGUCUACAGGGGGAUAGAAUUUUUAUUUCAUAUCCUUAUGUGGUGCUUGGAAAAUGUUUUUAACCUUGACCAUGUAUUAUGUUUAUAAUUAAAAACCCAAAGAACCAGCUCAUGUUUGGAAAAGGAAUCUUCCACUGAAACAUUUGGAUACCCGACGUUCUCCCAGGACACUUGGCCCGGCAAUGCUUGGGGUCUCCUGGGAAGCUGAGUGCUGGCUUCUAGCCUCUCCAGUUCCCUCAGGCUCUGGCUUCAGCUCGGGCCCCUCCGUUCUGUCUCCCUCGACUCCAAGUCAGGAAUGCCGUGGGCUUCCUUUCCUCACCCCACACCUCAAGACCAUCCCGCUGCCUGCCUGCUUGCUCCCUGCCAUCUCGAACUCAGCCCUGGGUGCCUGCGAAGCCUGGCCCCACUGCCUGCCGGGGGUUCCUGCAGCACCCCUACUCCAGGCUCCCCAUCUCCCUGAAGCUUCCAGGGUAGCAGCUGGUGGGACACUGAUCUGUGAGCUCUGGAAUGUCUGCUUAGAAUUCUGAGAGGCAGGAACUGCUCUGUCUUUGUAACUACUCAAGGCCAACUGUCACAUGAAGGAAUGAAUAAAGUUUUUACUGACUUGUGCACUGA